AUGCGUGCCUUGUGGGACAAGGUCGAGAAGGAGUACGAGGCUUGCUCCUGCGUCAUGUCGGAUGAAAUGACGAUAGACGAGUUGCCUACCAUUCAGGCAAAAUAUGAUUACUGCUAUAUUCUCUAUGAGCAGUGGUCCGCUCAGCUAAGUGAGCAAAUAGCUGAUACCUCCCAGGCACUCACUCCCCGUACACCCGUACAAACGCAAGCCGUGCCGUUCAUGUCCACAGGGUGUCGCCUACCUCCACUGUCUGAAGUUGAGAAACUUUUCCAUCUCAACUCCAAGACCAGCGGUGAAGCCCAUGCCAUUGUGUCAAAGUCUCCUUUGACCAAUGAGGGGUUUCAGUCGGCGUGGUCCAGCUUGACUGAGCGUUUCGAGAACAAACGGUUGCUCGUGAACAGUCAGCUGCGAAUCCUUUUCAAUUUGCCCGCUAUUGGGCAAGAGUCGGGUGCAGCAAUUCAGGAGUUGCAGAGCACCAUCCAAGGGUGCUUGACGGCCUUAGAGCACUCAAGGAUCAACACGGAGAAUUGGGAUUGCAUCCUGGUUUUCCUGUGUUCUUCGAGGCUCCCCAAAUUGACCCUUUCUCUUUGGGAACAGUCCAUACAGAAUAAGAGCGACAUUCCAACGUGGGCUGACAUGAACGCUUUCCUUCUAGAGCGGUAUCGCACCCUAGAAGCGAUAGCGGAAGUGUCAGCCAGCACGAGUGCUCCGACGGUUUCACGGGCCUCACGCAAGGAGGCCCCCGUCGCCAAGCAGGUCAACUCCUUUGAGAGUCGGGCGACUUCGAAAACCCAGUCCUGCAAAUUGUGUUCCCGGGAGAAUCAUCCGAUUCGCUUGUGCCCUCGUUUCCUUCAGAUGGGUAUCAACGAUAGGGUCACUUAUAUAAAGCAACAGAAGCUGUGUUUAAAUUAUUUCGCACGAGGCCAUAUCCUGGCCGAGUGCACAAGUGCGCACAGCUGCUUUACUUGCAAGGGUCGUCAUCAUACACUCUUGCAUCGAGUGAGCCCGGCGCCGACAGUCACAACCCCCAUUCCAUCUCCAAUACAGUCCACUUUCACCCAGUCAGCUAACGUCCAAUCUUUCAUGGCAGUUAACACACAAAGUGUUCUGCUCAGUACAGCUGUCAUUCACGUAUGCCAUCUCGGCGUCCGCUAUACAGCUCGGGCUCUGAUCGAUUCCGGAUCGGAAGCCACCUUCCUCUCAGAAAGGUUGUUCAAGCGCUUGAGGAUGCCGUAUACAUCCGUGCAAGCCCGCGUCUCUGGGCUGACUCAAGCUGUGGCAGCCCAGCCUCGAAAGUUUUGCCAAUUCUUAAUUGGCUCCCCAGUCAGACCCGAUAUGCAGAUCGAGGCGUCGGCGUACGUCCUCCCCCAGUUAGCGGGGAAUCUGCCCUCAUGUUCGGUCCCACAAACACUUCUUGAAAAUCUGCCAAGCAUCCAGCUGGCAGACCCCAAAUUCUUUGAGAGUUCGCAGAUUGAUGUGCUACUAGGCGCUGAUAUCCUCCCGUCCAUUCUGCUCGGCGGCUCUCACCCUAACAUUUGUGGGACCCUCCUCGGUCAAGAGACCAUUUUCGGUUGGAUCCUGACUGGCCCUGUGUCGGGAUCCAUUUCAAAGUCCAUUUCGUCCUUUUCGGCUCGACUGUCCGUCGAGCGAACUCCGCCAUUGGAGGAACUCCUCUCCAAAUUUUGGGAGGUGGAGGACCUGCCGGCUAGCCCAGCAAAAGAAUCUGACCUUUUUUGUGAGGCUAACUUCAACGCCACGACCGUGCGAACCUCAACGGGUCGCUACAUGGUCACGCUCCCAUUCCGCGAUCCUGGUCACGUUGACCUGGGUCACUCGAGGGCUACCGCUCUCGCUCAGUUCCUGAGAAACGAGAGCCGUUUAAAGAGGAACGACUCUCUGAAGGAACAAUAUGACUCCGUUAUUCGAGAGUAUCUGGAUUUGGGUCACAUGACUCAAGUCCCCAUCCAGUUCCGGCAACUACUAUUUGCCGCAUCACGCUGUUCUCAAGCCCGACAGCACCACCACAAAGCUUCGCGUUGUAUUCAACGCCUCCAGCCCGACUUCAAACGGGAAGAGUUUUUCCAAUUAGUCUUCAACGCUGACAUCACCAAGAUGUAUCGACAAAUCCUUGUGGAUCCCAAGCACACCCGGUUUCAAAGGUUGCUCUUCCGUACUCCGGACGAGAAGUUAUGCGACUUUGAGCUCAACACAGUCACCUUUGGAGUGAACUGUGCUCCGUACCUGGCUAUCCGCGUUCUGCAUCAACUUGCGAGAGCUCACACUAAGCAGGCUGCGGUGUCUGCUAUAGAUGAGCUUCGAACAGCGCUCGAGAGUGCUGGGUUCCCUUUGCGUAAGUGGACCUCGAACUCGAAAGACGUGCUGAGAAGAAUCCCUACGGAUCACUUGCUCUGUGCAGACUUCCUCGAGAUCGACGAAGCUAGUGUCGCAAAGACGCUAGGUAUUCGUUGGCGGGCCACGUCCGACGAGUUCUUUUUCGUCACCGCCGAGAUGGUGUCCAAACCAUCUUUCAGCAAGAGAGAAGUGCUGUCGCAGAUCGCCAAGUUGUUCGAUCCUGCAGGUUGGCAUGCUCCCGUGGUCAUUUGGGCCAAGAUUUUAUGCAAGAAAUCUGGAAGCAAGAAAUCGGCUGGGACGACUCCUUACCGGCGGAUCUCACAGAGCAGUGGACCAGUUUUCUGCAAAACUAUUCGUCCUUGUAGGACAUCCGCAUUCCUAGAUGGACCAACUACACUCCCGGCGCAAAAAUCCAAUUCCACGGUUUUUGCGACGCCUCUCAGAGCGCGUACGGAGCCGCUCUUUAUGCACGUGUGGAAACAGCUGGACAAGUGUCCAAUUAUCCGCCGCCCUCCUACCACAUUUUCCCACCCCGACGCUGAGACGUACCUGUGGACAGAUUCCACUAUAGUUCUGGCAUGGUUGGAUAAGCAGCCAUGCAAGUGGACCACUUUCGUGGCGAACCGAGUGGCCAAGAUUCACUCGGUGAAUGGCACUUGGCAACAUGUUCGUUCCGAACACAACCCAGCCGAUCUGGCAAGCCGCGGUGUCUCGCCGCAAGAGCUAUUGGCCAGUCGCCUUUGGUGGCAGGGGCCUGAAUGGCUGACGCACUCACCAGCGCAGUGGCCUUCACCAGUCAUUGGGCCCGAUACUGAAUUGGAGUGUCGAGCGGUGAAGGUCCAUGCAGCGCAAGUUCUAUGUGAGGACUUCCUCGACCGUUUCUCCAGGUUCGAUCGAGCGCUCCGAGUGUUUGCGUAUGUGCGAAGGUUUGCCCAGCGUUGCCGCCAUCCCAAGGUCUCGUUUCCAGAGACGCUCAGCUCUCAAGAGCUUGCAGAAGCUCAAGAGAGGCUGAUUGUGCAGGCUCAGAACCGGGUAUACGCGAAAGAGUGUGCUUCCCUCCGAUCCCAUAAUCGUUUAAUCGGGUCAAGCGAUAUCCUAAGCUUGAAUCCGUUCCUUGACAAGCAAGGUGUCCUGCGUUCCUGUGGACGCCACGAAGGCAAUCCAUCUUGA